AAGACUCACCAAGAAAGGGUUUUGCCGUUUUGGGUUUAACUUACAUUUGUACUCCGUUAAGUGUUGUAACACUACACUAUUCAUUGCAUUUGAGCAUCUUUUGGACUAAACUUUCAUUGUUUCAUAAACUGGGCAACAAAGUUCACUGUUCGCCGGAAUCUUCCCACUUCUUAAUUCUGAAUUUUAUCAUCAAUUCAUCAAAGUUUCUAAAUUUCCUAAACUUAAAUGCAAUAAAUCUUGAAAGCAGACAAACCAAGAUGUCGCUUUCAACCCUUUCUUCAUCAAUUCACACCCAAAUUUUGUUAAGACAACCUUUAAUCCCACGUCAAAGCUCUCUGGUGGCAGGAGAUUACCAGGCUUCCCCAACAGCUAAUCUUGUUUUAUGUGGGCAUGCUAGCAAUUUUUGCCACAAGUUCCGUGGCUUGAAGCUUUGGAUUCAAAAAAAUCUGAACAUAAAAUUGUGCAACAGAAAAUAUGGACAAGAAAUCAAACUUAAAACAUCAAAAGUUCUUGACCGCAAUUUUUUGGCUGAUUCUUUGAGGAUAGUUUCUUCAUCCGUGAAUCAGGUUCGAGAUGAAACAGACUCACUUGAUGAAACAAGAAAUGUUUCAAUUCCUGAGGGAAGCUCAAUUCGCAACUCGUCUCCAAAAGUGUCUUUAUUAUAUGGAUCUUCAAAUGUUAUGCAAACAAAUUCCUUUGGUUUCUCUCUUAUGGAGGCUGAGGCAGUGUCUCUUAGUAUUGCAGUUAUAGGAGCAACAGGUGACCCUUCCAGGAAGAAAAUAUUUCCAGCAUUAUUUGCUCUAUAUUACAGCGGCUUCCUCCCUGAGAAUGUUCGAAUAUUUGGGUAUUCCAGAGAAAUUCUGACAGAUGGAGACCUGAGAUCCCUAGUAGCUUCAACUUUGACAUGUCGUGUUGAUCAUCAGCAGAACUGUGGGAGCAAAAUAGACUCAUUUCUUAGCAAGACAUACUAUGUUGCCGGAGAUUAUGACAGCCAAGAAGGAAUCUUGAAGCUCAAUGCAAGGAUGGGGCAAAUUGAGGGAGACCGUGGAGCAAAUCGGAUCUUUUACCUGUCAGUGCCACAAGAAGCUAUGUUAAAUGUUGCAUCCUGUAUCGCUGAUAAAUCUCAAACAAAAAUAGGAUGGAACCGUAUAAUAACUGAAAAGGCCUUCGGCUUAGAUGCUUUGUCUUCUAAUAUGUUGACGAACUCUCUUCUUUUGAAAUUUGAGGAGAAGCAAAUAUACAGGAUGGACCAUCUUCUGGGAAGAAAUCUUAUAGAAAACCUUACUGUUUUAAGAUUCUCUAAUCUAGUUUUUGAGCCAUUAUGGAGUCGUAAAUUUAUACGUAAUGUGCAGAUUAUUCUAUCUGAGGAACUGAUUUUAGAGAGUCAAUCAAGGUAUUCUGGUGAUUAUGGAGUCAUCCGAGAGAUGGUGCAUAGUCAUAUACUCCAAAUGGUAGCACUUCUUGCCAUGGAAACUCCUAUAAGUCUUGAUGGUGAGGAUAUCCGAAAUGAGAAGGUCAAGGUUCUGAGGUCAAUUGGUAAACUGGAACCUAAAGAUGUCAUUCUUGGACAAUACAAGGCUAUGUCCAAAGACAAAAUUGACGUCUCUGUGACAUCAAUGACCCCAUCAUUCUUUGCAGCAGCUUUGUACAUCAAUAAUGCACGAUGGGAUGGUGUGCCAUUUCUGAUCAGAGCUGGGACAGGACUCGUCUCACACAGGAUGGAAAUACGUAUACAGUUUGAUCAUGUUCCAGGAAACAUUUACAGAAGGCGUAUGGGGCAUAAUAUUGACCUUGCCACUAAUGAAUUGAUAUUGCAAGAUGUUCCUGAUGAAGCCAUUCUGAUCAGAGUCAAUAAUAAGGUUCCUGGCUUAAGUUUGCAUCUGGAUGCUUCAGAACUGAACUUGCUUUACAAAGACAAGUACAGUGCUGAGGUGCCUGAUUCAUAUGAACACCUUAUUCUCGAUGUUAUAGAUGGAGAUAACCAUCUAUUCAUGAGAAGUGAUGAGCUUGCUGCUGCAUGGAAUAUUCUUAAUCCUGUCCUCCAAGAGAUCGGCAAGAAAAACAUUAGUCCAGAAAUGUAUGACUUAGGGGGAAGAGGUCCAGAGGGAGCAUACUAUCUCUGGGCAAAACAUGGAGUUCGAUGGGUGGAAGACUGAGUACGCUUUCUUCUUGCUCCCUAACUGUCCUUUUUAACCAGUUCUUUCAUAUUAUCAGCAUCAAGUACAUGUUUUUGAAGUCUCUGUGUUGCUGUUGUAGUUUUAUAGAAUUGUUGAUGACAUUGCUGAUGGGUUGGUAACCAGUGAUAGUACUGCCUAACAUAGAGCAAUAUCGACAACUUGUUGAUACUGCAUAUGGUCUUUAUUGACGACAGUAACCCAACCCUGAUCUAAAAAUAAUGUAAACCAUCUUUUUCUUAGUUUCUUUUUUCAUUAGGAAAUUUUUUCUUUAAUGGAAGAUUACUGUGUCACGUACUCCAUAAACCUUUGAUUACAGAGUAUAAGAAGUUGGAAUAAUAUGUGAGAUUUAAUUUCUAACGUGUGGAAUAACAUACGGAGUACAAAUAUCUUAUUGGUGAAGAUAUUCUAAAGAUAUUCCACUCGAGAACAAUAAAUAUUGUAUUGCAAAAAUCUUCCAUGUUCUUUUGAUGUCUAUCUCACACUUUUCCGUCUCAUUAUAUGGUUCAUGAAAGGAGCUGAUUUUGCAUUUUUUAGACUUAUAGAAUCUAAUUCCAAAGCUCCAUUUACAAAACUUCUUUUUUGCCUGUCAAUUUUUUUUUUAUUUUUUUUAUCACACUUUAAUAUCUUUCCAGCAAUGCCUCUUCUUUUGCUUUAUUUAAAAACUCAGAUCGAUGAAAAAUGCACAAUAUGGAGUACUACUGAAAUGAAUUGAAUUACUGACAGUUGAGGCAUUAUUUAAUUAAUUUUUUAUACUUUUUUGAAUGAAAAUCCAUUUAAUAUUAUUAAAUCAUGAAAAACAUGAAACUUGGAAAGUCAGAACAAAAAUAAAUUUCCCAUCUGCUCUAUUCAAUUUUUAUUUUUUUUAUUUUUUACAUUUUUGUGGUUUUUUUUAAUAAUUAUUUGUGAAUUAAAAAUAUGGGUGAUUCAGAUUUUGAUUGGGGAAAUUACAAAUAUUGGAGUAAAUGUUUUUGAGUUGAAUUUGCCCUUAUUUUUAUAACAUGUUUUUGUGUUAAUCAAUUCACAAGAAUAUGAGGUUCUUUAAUCAUUUUAUUUAAUUAAGGAUUAUAUAUUCGUACUAAUGAUUCUUCUGAUGGAGUUAAGUCUUUAGUCAAAAUGUGCAGAAGAACCCCGUAUACAUGGGUGUUUGGAAUUGACUUAUAAAUUUCAAGUUGAUUUUUGUUAUGAAUUAAAAGAUUAAGCUACCAAAAAUUAAAAUAACAAUUUGAUAGACUUAUUCUAGGUUAAGGGACCGAAAAUUAUUCUACUCACAAUUUGAUAGACCUAAGACUUCGAAGUAUUUUUUAAUUAAAUAUUUUUAAUACGCAAAAUUAGUGCUCAUAGAUUUUCUCUUCGCAACGUCAAAGAUUGAUUUUUUUAAAAAAAAUUCUUGACGAUGAAGGCCUGUAAUUAAGUCGACUAUGUUCCUUAAUUAUAUGAUUAGGAAAAUAUCCAGUCUUUCAAUUUUUCAUAGAUCCUUAAUUGGAGCAAAAUGGGUUCAUAGAGUUCUCUCAUACUACGUAUUAAAGAAUUAAACACGUUGGCAUGUGUCAUGUAUCUUAUAUUUGAUGGGGUCGGACAAUAAUUUAGAGGUUUUUCUACUUAGUACUCGUACUCCAUAGUAAAUUGGAUUUUUUUUUUUUUUUUUUUUUUUUCAUUUUUUUGACAAAUUCAUUUUACAACCUUAUCUUCCUUAUAAAACUUUAUGUGUACACUCUCUCUCUUUAAAUUUAUUCGGUGUUUAUUACUUCAUAUAUGAUGAUUAGAGUAUUGUAUUGAUUAUAAUUUAUGAAACACGACGAAAUUAGUGAUAGUAGGGUCACUUGCCAAUCAAUUAGUCAAAAGUAAAUGGAAAAAACUUGCAAAUACUUCCUCCGUUCUGCUAAUAUUGCAAUAAUUGGACUUUUACGUUAUUUAUCACGCUUGUUUGACCAUAUAUUAUAAUUUAUACGUAUACUCUUUCACUCUUUAAUUUUAUUCGGUGUUUAUUACUUCGUAUAUGAUGAUUAGAGUAUUGUAUUGAUUAUGAUUUAUGAAACACGACGAAAUUAGUGAUAGUGGGGUCACUUGCCAAUCAAUUAAUCAAAAGUACAUGGGAAAAACCUGCAAAUUUAUACUUACUCCGUUCUAAUAAUAUUGCAAUAAUUG